AGGGUGAAACUAAAGCGGGUAGACACCGGCCGGUCAACCGGUGAAACGCUCACACGUCACCGGCUUUACACAGCCAUAUUCACUAACUUUAACAAGUGAUGUUAUUAUAAAGAUAAGCGUUUUCAAUAACCUCAGGGUAAUAUAAUGAAACGCCUCAGAUAUUAAGAGCGUCGCUGUAACGUUAAGCCGCUUUAAGACUCUCCGGCAGGUGGAUGGAAAUAGAAACAUCGAGCUCCGAGAACCUGACAGAAAACUUUUGCGUCAAACAGCGAAGAAUGAACAGCGAUGAUUUUAGAGCUGACUCUGACCGUCUUUUCUCCUUCAAAGACCGAAAAUAACGGGACGCAGCUGCAAAGCGCUUCAGAGUUCAGCGGAACUUUUGAGAAACGCACAAAUAAUGGCAAAGAAGAAACGGGUUUUAUCGGUGAGUUUGAUCAAGGGAUUCCCAGAUGACAGGUUAUUAUAGAGGCAGACAUGCCAGCCAACCUCACCGUCUCCAGCCACACCACGAACUACAACUACCCAGCGCUCAUCUUCGGGAUAUUAUUGAUCAUAAUCAUCAUAUGCGGGAACGUGCUGGUGUGUCUGAGUGUUUACACGGAGAAAGCGCUGAAAACUACAACUAACUACUUCAUAGUCAGUUUGGCUGUCGCUGAUUUGUUGUUGGCUGUUUUGGUCUUACCACUGUUCGUGUAUGCUGAGUUCCAGGAUGGGGUUUGGUCCCUUAAUAUGACUGUAUGUGAUGGACUGAUGACCAUGGAUGUGAUGCUUUGCACCGCCUCUAUAUUUAACCUCUGUGCCAUCAGCAUAGACAGGUUCAUCGCAGUCUCCAUCCCUCUUAAUUACAACCGCAAACACGUGGACCAGCGACAGAUUGUCCUGCUUUCCGCCACAUGGAUCCUGGCCUUGGCCGUGGCCUCCCCCGUGAUGUUCGGAAUCAACAACGUCCCCAACCGGGACCACAGCGAAUGCAAGCUGGAGGACAACAACUACGUGGUGUAUUCCUCCGUCUGUUCGUUUUUCGUGCCGUGCCCCAUCAUGCUUUUGCUGUACUGCGGGAUGUUCCGGGGCCUGAGGAACUGGGAGGAGGCGCGGAAGGCCAAGCUGAGGAGCAGCAUGCAGGCCUGCAGAAAGCUUCAGGAGGCCGCCGCAUCCUUGCAGCCGCUGUCCGGUCUGCCGCCCCCUCUGCCGCCCGUGAUCGAGAAAGACCUGACUGACCUGACCUUGGAGGAACUGGACCAGGAUCACUACCCCGACCCGGACAGCCCGGAUCCCGUGUCCAUGCUCGCCUACCCCGGCGGGAGCUACAAUGAAGAUCAAAACCAGAACCGGCAAAGGAAGAGGGCCAAAAUAAAUGGGAGGGAGAGGAAAGCAAUGAGGGUGCUUCCUGUUGUAGUAGGUGCCUUCCUGUUCUGCUGGACGCCAUUCUUCGUAGUACACACGAUGAGGGCUCUCUGCGAAGACUGCUACAUCCCUAGCAGCGUCACUAGCAUCGUGACCUGGUUAGGCUACGUCAACAGCGCCAUCAACCCCAUCAUCUACACCGUCUUCAACACAGAGUUCAGGAAGUUCUUCCGGAAGUUCCUGCCGACUCUGCCCAACUGCUGCUAGCCGGAACGUGCUCUCUGCGAAUGGUUUACGAACAAAACAUACCCAAAAGUAUAAAUAAACCAGACAAAUAAUGCUUACAUGUAAAUACAGCAUGUUGUAUGAAAUAAGUAUGGUUAUAAUGCACUAAGAUGUUUUCUGCCAUUAUGUUUUUACCUUAUGGUUUAAUUUUGUAUGUUUACAUUUUGAGAGCUGGCAUCAAACAACCUCUUUCAUGAAACGCAAGCAGAACAAAUUUGCGUAAAUGCUUCGUAAUUUUAUAAAAUUAAUACAGAACAAAUUUGUGAAAAAAAGCGAAGCAAUUAUUUUUUAAAAGGGAAUUCAGUGAGGGUUUGUGAAUCCUUUAACUUAGAUCGAAACUUUGUGUAUAGCAAAUCAUUUGAUAUCAAUCAGGAUUUCAAGCCGUGUAUUGUGAAUCAUUUGAUUUACUUUGGAACUUUGCGUAUCGCAAAUCAUUUAAUUUUGAUCAGGACACGUAUCACGAAACUUUCCGCGAAUUUAAUGAUUUGUGAUGCGCGCUCCGAGUCUUGAUCUGAAAUGAUGGUUCACGAAUCAUUAUUCAGAUCGGGACUUCUGAGCGGGUUUGCAAACCUUUUGCUUUAGAUCAGAACUUCAGAGUAGGUUUUUGAAUCAUUCUGCAAAUUGAAUGAUCUGCGAUUCACUCCUGAGUCCUGAUCUAAUAUAAUGGAUCAUGAUUAUUCUUAAAGGGAGUAUGGUGAGGGUUUGUGAAUCAUUUGACUUAGUUCGAAACUUUGUGUAUUGCAAAUCAUUUGAUAUCAAUCGGGAUUUCAAGUCAUGUAUUGUGAAUCAUUCUGAUUUGGAUUGGAACUUUGCGUAUCACAAAUCAUUUGUUCAGAUCAGGACUUUGCGUAUCACGAAACAUUCCGAGUCUUGAUCUGAAAUGAUGGUUUGUGAAUCAUUAUUCAGAUCGGGACUUCUGACCGUGUUCGCAAACCUUUUGCUUUAGAUCAGAACUUCAGAGUGGGUGUUUGAAUCAUUCCAUGAAUUGAAUGAUUCACGCUCCAUGCCCGAGUCCUGAUCUGCAGUGGUGGAUCAAGAUUAUUUUGAUCAGGAAUUCUGUGAGGGUUCAUGAAUCAUUUGGCUUAGAUCAGAACUUUACGUAUCGGCAAUCAUUUGAUUCAGAACAGUACUUUGCGUAUUGCAAAACAUUACAAGAAUUGAAAGAUUUGCAAUUUGCAAUCCGUGUUCCAGUCCUGAUCUGAAAUUAUGGUUCGUGAUUCAUUAUUCAGAUUGGGAUUUCGGAGCGGGCUCGAAAAUCUUUUGCUCAGAGCGGGUUCUUGAAUCAUUCCACAAACUGAAUGAUUCGCGAUCUGCACCAAGUCGUUCAUGAUUAUUCAGAUCAAGAAUUUGGUGAGGGUUCGCAAAUCAUUUGACUUAAUUGGGACUCCAGGUCGUGUACUGUGAAUCAUUUGAUUUGGAAUCGGAGCUUUGCGUAUUGCGAAUCAUUUGAUUCAGAUCGGGACUUUGUGUAUCGCGAAACAUUCCGCGAAUUGAAUGAUUUGAAAUUUGAGAUCCACGCUCUGAGUCCUGAUCUGAAAUGAUGGUACACAAAUGUGGACUUUGGAGCAGGUUUGCGAAUCUUUUGCUUUAGAUCGGAACUUCAGACCGAGUUCUUGAAUGAAAUAGUGGUUCGUGAUCAUUCAGGUCGAGAAUUUGGUGGGAAUUUGCGAAUCAUUUGACUUAGAUUGAAACUUUGUGUAUUGUGAAUCAUUUUAUUUCAAUUGGGAUUUCAAGUCCUGUAUUGUGAAUCAUUUGAUUUGUAUCAGAACUUUGCGUAUUGUAAAUCAUUUGAUUCAGUUUGAUUCAGAGCGGGAGUGCGUUCACAAAUCUUUUGCUUUGGAUCAGAACUUCAGAUCAAGUUUUUGAAUCAUUCCGCGAAUUGAAUGAGUCCUGAUCUGAAAUGAUGGAUCACGAUUACUCUGAUUGGUUUGCGAGUCAUUUGAUUAAAUCUAAAGUAUUAACACAAUUUUUAAAAAAUGAAAUAACCAACAUGGGAAAAUGACGUCAGUUAGAGGUUCUGAAUUUCGGUUCCGAUUAAUCAUCUAGCCCUAGUAAAUAGUUCAUAAAACUAGUGCUACAUAAAUUGUUACAAUCAUGCAACACAUGCAUGUACUGUAAAUUGUCUGUAAAAAAAACAGACAGAACUAAAAUCAGAAGAACUAACAGUUUACGCAAAAAUGGCUUUACGAACAAUUUCAGCAUUUCAUUCUGUUUGUGUUUCAUAAACGAGGUACAAUUUAUGCUUUGAAGCUUCUAUGACAGGAAUGUCUGUGGAACAAUCUGCCAUCUACGAUGACCUCUCUUUGCCAUUACUGUUUUCGACACGCAAAGGAGUCCAAGGCGUUCAUUUUCUAUCUGACUGCACUGACUUUCAUCAGAGAAAUAAAUGUUUUCCACAGACAAGAACUACUUUGUGCUGAUGUCCAAAAGAACAGAUGAAGACAUUGAGGUCAUAGUAUCGAACAUCUGUUGAUUUUAAUGUAUUCACCUAGCGAACAACUUCCGAAAACUGGAACUAAGAAGACUGUGAACAGGAGUUUUACUAAAGGAGGAUGCUGAAAAAAAGAAAGAAAGAACAAAAUGCUGACGCUAACAGUUUUAGAAACAAUAACUGAAGCGAAUCGGCCAAACGAACAAAUGAAUCUCUAAUGUAGAGAUUAAAACUGAAUCUGCAAACAUGAACUGAUUUUGUACGAUUCUGAAAAACUUGUUUGAAUGCUGAAGCUAAUGUAGGUUAGAUGUUCGCUGGCGAUUGUUUUCAUGCCUUUCAUGUUAUUUGUACUCUUCAGGUCACGCAGUGUUCAUUAAAAGCUAAAUGAACCCGG